AUGUUCUGAUUAUGAAAUGUUUUGGCUGUGUACUGACAUAGGAGUCCAGCUCAAAGUGAGUCUUUGUCAGUCGAAUCAGACCCUUCAGCAAGUUCUGGAAAACACCACAGCUUGUCAAAUGGAGAUCAUCUCCAGUCAUAUGAUGACAUUGAUCUGUUCAGUGUUUCUUGUCACGAGUCUAACCAAAGAAGCAUGGAAAGCAUAGCAACUGGAUCCACACAUGUAACUCAAUUACCUGCUAUUUCUGGAUAUGCUUACACUUUUAAUGAUACGUUAGUUUCCCAGACGAGGGAAGAUGAGAGGUCAUCUUCGCAUGUGUCUAAUGAUCUUGACAGCAGUGUGGGUCAUGGUUUGACAAGCGCAGAAGAGAAACUAUUCGCGGAGGGCCUGUCACACCCCUCCAAUAGUGACACAAAUCAUGAUCUAAACUUUUUAGAGAAGCAUGGCAAGCUGAAAUCUACACUGAAUAAACCAUUUAUAACUAUAUCUGAUAUCAGCCUCAGAACUAAGCCUUCUGGACUGCCACCACCUUCAAGACCGCCACCUGCCUUUGCUGUUAAAAAUGGAGAAUCUGAUAGACCAAAUGCAAAACUUAAAGCUUUUAAUGAUUCUGUCUUUGAACGGAGUGACAGUUCGUCACUGUUCUUUGAUGUGGAAGUAGAUGCAUCUUCAUCUACUGAAGCCACGAAAGAUGCAACGGAGAAAGCUCAAGCACAACAUAGAAAUACAAAAGAAUCAGUGGAGAAAAACAAAGGCAUCCAGAGUCAUAUUAAACCGCAUCUGGUUAAUGAUAUUGAAGUAGAGAGAAAAACAAGCAAUACAUUAAAUGCAACCAGCAGAUUUAAGGAUGAGACGUUGGAACAAUCACAUGCAAAAGAAGCCAAAGUACCAAAACCUGUUGUUGAAGAAAAAAGUUCGAUCGAGAGUAAUGAGGUAAUUUUAGAUUCCGUAGUUGGGAAAAAUCAUAUUCAUUUUGUCGAAAAAUCUGUGGACACUGUUGCAUGGAGUGAAGCAACUGAUUUUUUUGAAGUUAUUGAUACAAGUCUACCCAGGAGGGCUUCUAAAAUAGAUGAUGGCAACAUUUUGGUCCAAAAUAUGAGGCCACAUUCAUAUAGACAGCAAGAGAAAGCAGGCACUGAAGCACAUGACCUGACGGAAGACUGUAAAAACUCUAAAUUAGUAAAGGAAGCUCCUAAAUUGGAUGAAGACAGGAAUCAGCUUGAAAUGGAUAUGGACAUAUGUGAUUGGGCUUAUAACAAAGGAAGAUUAGUAGCAACGAAGAAAUUGAGCCAUCAGGAGCUUCAAGAGGAAUUACAAUUGGAUGAGAUGAUCUGCAAAUUUGACUUGAAUGACAGGAAAACAAAGGUGAUCCAGCAACAUGGACAAAGUGAAAAGGUAUUGAUUGACCCUGAUGAAAGUGUGGACAAGCUGACAGAAGCUUGGUACCAUUUGAAUGAAGUGGAAGCACAACAGAAACUAAAGUCUGGCACCAAAAGAAUAGAAAGCAAGAUGAUGUGCAAAGAUGCUCGUUUGGGGAAAGAAAAGGGAAUGAUACUCAAAGAAAACAUUGAGAGAGAGAAACGUGAGAGAAGACUUGAACAGGCUGUUGAGCACGCAGAACCUGGAAAAAGAGCAAGAGAGAACCUAGAGCAGGAAGAAAGAGAGAAGCAACAAUGGAAGGCUUGUGAAAUAGAAGAAAACAAUAAUAGAAAUAAUUUUUCUCGUGAAAGAAAAGGCAAAAAAAACACACCAAAAGAAACUUUUGAGCUGAAGGGGCAUGAGAAGAGACUGGAAGGGGCUGUUAAGCACGAAAGGAGUGAUAAGAAGUCUAACAUGGGUCUUGGGAAAGGAAAGAACUGUAGAGAUGAACAACUAGAUUCGAGAGCAUGUGGGGGAAAAGAGAGACUUGUAGAGUCUCAUAAGCAGGAGGAAAAUGAAGUGGAAUGCAGAGGGAUUGCUCAAAGCAAAAAUAUUAAAAAGGAUUUACGGGAGGAUCACGAAAGCAAUGAGAUUAAGGAAAGACUAAGUGAUGCAUAUGGGAGGGAAGAGUGUGACAAAGAGUUUUGGACACAAAAAGAUGACAAGAGAUCAGUGAUGAUUUUCAAGGAGGAAGAAAUUGUGAAGAGAUCACAAGCAGCUUGUGAUAUUGAAGGGAAUAAGAACUUCAGCGACGAUGCUGGUAUGUGGGAUGAACUGAGUGGGCAGGACAUAGAAAUUGAGCUUACUGAUGGGAAUAGACAUGAUGGGGAAGUGAUAAAUGAUCAGGAAAAGAAUGUGUUCGCGGAGGCUGGUAAUUUGGAGGCAUUUGAUGGAGAAUAUGAAUAUGAUGAAGGGACCCUACUAGAAACUCUUCUGACUGGGAAACAUGAUAGUCCUAGAGAACUGGAAGAAACUAGAACUGCCGUUGCUAGUGAAGAAAAUGAGAAGUUGGUUACUGAAUGCAAAAGCAGUGAUUCUGAAUCCAAUAAUGGAACCAAUCGCUUGUUUGAAGGAAAAUUCAACUCUUCUACCCAGAAUAGAGAUGACUUCGAAGAUGAGAAGGGUGAAAACAACUUGGCAGAGUCAACUUUUCUACCUGAACACAUUACAAAUUCAAAGAUAGCUGAAGUUUGCUUGGGGAAUACGUGUUAUAUGCCAGAGAAAUCAGCGUCUGAAAUUGUACCUAAUCAUGAAAAUGAGACUGCAGUUGCUCGUAAAGAAGAGAGUGGGAAGGGCAUCAAGGGUGUUCCAUCCAGCAUCAAUAAGAACGAGACGAGCGAUAAGUCUAUAUCAGGUCAUGUGGCCACAGUGUUGGUUAAAAAUGGGGAAAAGAUGGUAGGUGCUUCAUCGUUUGUGUUAGAAGAAAGAGAGAACAAACUAAAACUGCAUCAACAAGGUCCAAGCCAUAGCACAGAAAGAAAAGAGAAGAAUUUGAAUGAGACCCUUACUACAAAAGACCAAAAAGUAGAUGGAAGACUACAAAGGGAAAGAGAACGGGAAAAUGAAAGUAUGAGAAAAUUGGAAGAAGAAAGGGAGAGAGAAAGAGAAAGAGAAAAGGACAGGAUGUCUCUGGGCAUAGCAGCCCUUGAAGCUCAUGAAAGAUCAUAUGCUGAAGCUCGUGCGAGAGCAGAAAGAGCUGCAGUGGAGAGAGCUACUGCUGAAGCAAGACAACGAGCUAUGUCAGAGGCUCGAGAAAGAUUAGAGAGGGCAACUGUGGAAGCUAGGCUCAGGGCAGAUCGUACUCCGGUAGAGAGGGCAGCUGUUGAGGCCUGGCAGCGUGCUGUUAAAAAAUCAUUGCUCGAGAAGAAUACCUUUGAGGUCCGGGAACAAGUAGAAAGAUCUGUUCAUGAUAAAUUUUCAGGUUAUUCCAGACGUCCUGAAAUGAGGGAUACUUCUCUAUCUGAACAUCAUGACCAUCAUUUUCGAAGUACAGGAAACUCGAAUGGAUUGAGAUAUUCAUAUUCUUCAGCACAUGUUGGAGCUGAAGGCGAAUCACCUCAGAGAUGUAAAGCUCGGUUAGAGAGAUACCAGAGAACAGCUGAGCGUGCAGCUAAAGCCCUGGCAGAGAAAAAUAUGCGCGAUAUUCUUGCUCAACGAGAACAACAAGAGAGGAAUAGAGUUGCGGAAAUUCUGGAUGUUGAGGUGAAGAGAUGGUCAAGUGGAAAAGAAGGAAAUCUCCGUGCAUUGCUUUCGACUUUGCAAUAUGUAUGGCCAUCCCUUGUCUUUGUGCAGGAUAAAUACUAAAUGAUUCACUUUUGUACAUGAAUGCUAUUUGUUGUGCAUUGUCUUAUCUUUUUUGUCCCUGUCCUCUGAUAUGAGAUGGUAGAAAUGGAGAAAAGGGGAAAAUCCUGAAAUUACCAUGAAAGGUUAUUGUGGUUUCCCAUAAGCCAUAACAGGUUCCUGCUCCUGAACCAAGGUUAACAUGUUUGGGUCUCAAAUGAGAUGACGGAAAACAGGCACAGAUAUGAUUGAUAAUCAAUUCUAUUAUUUGGAGUUGGCAAAAUGGAUGAUGUGAAAGUAAACUGGGAAAACUGACAGAACUUUUGGGCUCUGUUGGAAUUUUAUUGCUAUAGUACGUAAAAGAAUGGCAAACUUUAAAAAAUCAGUUGGGCAAGAACUCUUGUAUCUCUGUUGUCAGGAGAAUAAUGACGUGAAGAGAAUCAAGAAUGAAAAGAAUUCGUGACAAACUCUCAUAUUCCUGUCAUUGAAUUGAAUGAAUUCUCUCUCCUUUUCACCAAAUUGGAUAUGCUUUUUUUAUGGCUUAAAAACUGCUGGUAAGCUUUGCAAAUACAAUCUCUCAUCAGGGACCGCCUUGUAUAUUGUCAUGCAUCCUCUUUAGGAAGAAAUGGACGAGUAGGAAAAUGAACUUUAUCGCAAGUAAUGUUUCUUUCGUUAAGUUCUCGUGACUGUAAAUUUUACUUUUUGGUGCAAUUUUCCAUUUAAACUUUUGGGUUGAUGCUCUUUCUUGGUUAACAUCAGACAGCAUAUAGCUUCUGCACUUCAGG